AUGCGGUAUCGCGUGGGGUGCGCGUACUGCCGGUGGCAGGGCUGCACGGAUUUCGAAUCCCUCGAGGAGGUGAAUCGCUACUUGGACGAGCUCACGGCGACGCGCGCCGCGCCUUUGCGAGGAUGGCGAAUCGCCCAUCGUGCGGCAAACGAACGCAUCCGUCGCGCGUACGGUCGGUCGACUUUGUUCCCCCCCAAAACGACUUCGUUGGAGGGUCUGACGUCCGUGAGUUUCUCCACCAUCGCGUGGGAUCGCUACGUGGAGCUUCGGCGGCCUCCUCGCCAGCAACCCCCCCCUUCACGCGUGCGCGAGGCCGCCCCCUCCCCACAUCACGGGUUGACGGAAACGGAGGUGGAGGAAGAAACACGGGUCUUUGACGAGAUCGCGCGGAUGAAUGAGGCCUACAUGUCAAACCCGGAGGCUUUGAAUCCCACCAUUUCGUCGUCUUCCGCGCGGUUGCAUCCGGCGGUGGCGCUGGAAAAGUUGCGCGCGCUCUACACCAACCGAGCGAUCCGCCGCGUCGCGGAUGACGGCGCUCUCGAAAAGCAGCCACGAAACUUCCCGAACUACGUUGUUGAAAUGAAAUGUCGGGAUGUGUAUCCAUCUGAAAACCGGGAAAAAAAGGAACUUGAGAGCAUUUAUAAUCAAAGACCAGCUUUCUCAGACGAGGCGUGCUGGAUCGCGGCCGCACAGCAAGCGCAGUGGGGGCUUCAUCCAUCUUUUAUCGCCACCGCGCCAGAUGCGGAGGCGUUACGGAGGAUUUUUUCAUCCUAUUCCAACUCUUUAAUGAGUGGCGGUAACGAUGAAGGUGGGAUGUCGGGGAUCGCGCCGUUGAGGGGGUUGAGGAAUCCAUUCGCGGCCUCCCUUUUACCCGCACAUCCACCAACGAUCGCGGAGCUUCCGACCACGCAAGCUGGAAGAGAACCCGCUUUGCAGGAUCACUCACGCCUGGAUCGACUUCUUCGUGAUAUCGAGAAUCGAAAGUUCUGCGAAGGACUCACUAACUACUUCCCAGCGCGGCUUCUAAAAGAAGGGAUUGCUGGAACCGUCCUUUAUAGCGAGCAGGAUGGGGUUGGCGAAGGAUUGAAAGUAGACGAGUUCGCUAACACCUCAAUCCAAACGGAAGAAUCAGGCGCGGAAAAGAACUCCACUAGCGAUGUCGUUGUUAAAGUUCAGGAUGGUGAAUCAAGCUACACCACUGUGAAAAAGAAUAGGCCCACGAGAACCCUCAUCAUUCUUGAUCGAAGCUCGCAGGAAGAGGAUGUUAAGCAGAGCUUGGAAUAUUGGCAAUCUCAUCUAGACCAUCCUGAAUCCGAUUUGGCAUCGCUGAGAUCGAAUCCUAGGUGUAAUAUUGUGUUCGCGAAUCACUUCAACGCCGUUCGUGUUCUCCCUUAUUUACAAUACGUCAUAUCCUCGCGUUUAGCGAAAGCGCAUGGAGAAGACGAUGAGUCAUCUGAUGUGGAGAAUCCGAGUAAAUCUCUUGUGGUGCUGUCAUUUCGGUUUAUUAAUCUCGGGGUGCAGGAGAUGGUGAUUCGACGAGUUCGUGUAGCUCGCCGACACCUGGGCGGUGGGAAACACUCUUGCAUCGAGCUAUCCAGCCGCUAUACUCAAAUUUUUCACCCGACAAUCACGCCACCCCCAACGCUCGAAAAGAAAAGCGCGGUGGAAAGGAAUACCUCCUCAACAGGUGAGCAAAACGGGUGGGUCCGAUUGCUACCACGUUGCAGCCGCGACGAGGCGGCGGUAGCGAAUUUCACGGAUUAUGCAGCGGUGGAAUUGCCAUCCGAUCUCGCCGCGAACUGCAUCGACGCGACGACGGAGCUUCGGUUUGAUAUCACCCUAAAUGGUGUUGAUGUCGAUCCUGCGGAACCGGAUGGGGUAGAUUCGGGAUUUAAAGCACCUCAUAUCGGCCGGAUUUAUGUCGGUUUAGCGAUCGAUGCCUUUACGUUUCUGGAUACGAGCCCCUUUAGUUGUGACGAGGAGGUCUUUCCGUCGAGCGCAGCGAAUGGCUAUCACGCGAUAUCUUUUGGGAAUACCAUUGUCUGGUGA